AUGAAUGGGGACAGUCUGAUAACCGGAAUCACACCAAAACGGACUUCUGCUAUUGUCCAGCCCAUGCCACGACGCCUUGUCCCCAUGAACCCACGACCUCCCACAGCAGACGACAGCGGUGGCUCAGAUUCCACCCUCCCCUCCCCCGAGUCGUCCCCCGAGCAAGGUCACCUGCAAAGGUCACCUACCCGCAUUGACCUACCACCCCGACGGAACACGGCCUUCAGUGUUAAUGAUCUCCUGGGCAGAACCGGGCCAAUGAAACCGGAAGUCUACCCCUCCACUCCAGUGUUUCCUGGGCCCGCCUGUAUGCCCCGGAUGCACCCCUACCCGACAUACCCGGCUGCUCACGUGUUUCCAAAUAGGAUUACCGAUGCGAGAAAAAAUCAAGACAUAUCCACGUUGUGUGACAAGGAAGCAGCUUCCCCCCGAGACGACCCACCAAAGAGGAUCCCGUCUCCAACACGUCCAAGACGUAGCCUCACGUCCUCCCCGGAGUCUCCCAUUUCUGACAGUUCCAUCUCGGACCCGAACAGUUCCACGGAUCGCGACUCCAGUCCCCACCCAUACAAGACCAUCACGGACAAGAAGAGCAACCGCACCAAUUACACACCCAUGCAGGUCCGGCAGCUGGAGAAGAUCUUCCUGGAGACUCCGUAUCCAGAACAUGAGGUCUAUGAACAGUUAUCCAAGGAUCUAUCCAUCCCGGAACCUAGACUCAAGGUCUGGUUCCAGAACAAACGCGCUCGAUGCAAGCGCCGGGCAGAGGAUAAGAUAGCCUACCCUACACCCUACCCCUUCCCCAUGAUGCCGAUGGCUUUCCCGUACGGAAUGAUGACGGGGGCAUUGGGAUCCCCGCCUGAAUCUACCCCUCAGUCCAUACCCAAGUCGAUGUUUCCCUACGCCGCGUCCCCCUCCCCGCUGAUGAUGUACCCCGGGGCCGGGUACCCAAGUCACCUCUACCCAUACCUCCACCCUCAGAUGUACGUUCAGCAGUGAACGGGGUCAAAUGUCAUCUUAAAGUGCUUACAUCAUUGACACUGAACAAUAGUCUUGUGAAUAGUGAUGUUGUCAAUAUACUAGAGAAUUAUGUUCACAUGAA